AUGGAGGAAAUAAGUAACUUUACCACACCUGUUCCAUCUCCAUUCUCAGCCUAUGGAUUUUGGCACAAAGGCGUUGUAGAAAUGUGUUUGUUUGUAUUCAGCUUUCUAUCUGGCAUUCCUACUCACGCCUAUGUUAUAUAUCUUAUCGUCACGGGGAAAGGAAAUGGAAUUGCUUCAGAGAUUUUCAUCCUCAAUCUCUCUGUCUGUGAGAUCCUUUUUUCUGUGAAUUCAUUGUUCAAUGCGCUGGCAGAAACAUUUCAAAGUCUCAUAAUAUUUACUUGGUUUUUAAUUGGAGAAAUCAUCACUGGUCAUCCCAUGUUUCAGUGUCUGAUGUGUGUCGAGCGUUACCUGGCAGUGGUUCAUCCGGUAAUCUUUCUGAAGUUCAAACCUCUCAGAUAUCGAGUGAUCUGCUGCACUGCUGCCUGGAUGAUUGGUUUUGGAUCCGGUUUGUUCUGCAUGUUUUUGUUGAUGUCGCCUAACUUUUAUCUGUAUGUGUGGUUCUACACGGUUCAGUUCCUCAUCUUCCUCUCUACUCAGUUGUUUUGCCUUUUGGCUGUUCUCAGAGCUCUGAAGCAGUCAGGACCAGGAGAGAGAGGGAGAGAGAGAGAGGAGGAAAACCACAUUAAGAAAAGAGCAUUUCAUCUCAUUCUAAUAGCUACUGUGAGCAUGAUUAUCAGAUAUGCCCCAUAUAUCAUCACUGGGUUCUUCAUUGUGACACUACAGGAUGAUGAGAGUAUUCAGGUUCUUUGGUCCGUUAGUUAUGUUUGUUUUAUGCUGGCUGGUUUUGUUCAGCCUGUUCUUUAUCUGCACCGCAUGGGGAAGCUCUCCUGCUUUUGUUUCUAA